CACCACACUGCGACAAGGCCACCGUCAGUGUCUCACUCAAGUUCCUCCAGCCAAGACACCUCCAGUCACUCUCCGUUUUCUUCACCACACUUGCCGUUUUCUCCACCGAAGGUGUUUGCACGAAGGUGUUGGUACUAAGAAAUACUCGGUGUAUCACCCCUAUACCGCGGUGCUGCCCUCCGUCAUCAUGAUCACCAGCUGAUAUCCCCCGCCACGACAGGAGGGGUGUGGUGUUGCAAGAGCAUAAAAUCGACUUGAUACAUCAGGAAGAUUUCCUCUACUGACGUCGCUGGUGAGGCAAUGGUCAUCCUGGCAGCAAUUGGCCGGUAGGAAGGUCCGCAACAGCCGAAACACCAACAACAGCAGCAGCAGCAACAGCAACACCCUCGACAACAACAGUAUGGCCAAGAGGACCUGGCCGAACGCAUUUCCCCGACGAAGGACCUCGGGGCUCUCCCUCUCUAUCGACGCCUCCAUGAAGGUUCUGCGACAGGCGCUCUACCUGGAGAUGGCCCGUAAGAAGCAACGCCAGCACCUACAGAGAGCCCAGCACAAUCAGAAACUAUUAAACGACAUUGGCAAGAGGGACGUCACACGGCAACUCCAGCAGGAGAGACCAAGCGCAGAGCAGCAGCGUCAGCAGCAGAGGAACUAAAUUAAUCAUCGCUAGACGGAGGUGUGAUGGGGCGCUCAACUCUCCAGCACCUUCAGGUGGGCGGCGCUGAUGAGGGUCCUGUAUCGACCACCCUUGAAACUACUGCCGAUGGCGUUACGGAGCGUCUCUUUCCCAGUGGCUCCUCCAGAGGACCUCGCUGACAAUUCCCCCGCCACAGGAUCACCUCCUACCCUGCUGUGGACAACUGGAAAUGAAGAACCACGACAUCUUGUGCCCGAAGAAGGGGUCCUCUUCCCCCGCCUCUCUAUAUACAGCACUCGGGCUUGAGGAAAAAAAAUUACCCACCGAUUAUAUAUUUUUUUCCUUUGGUCUACGUCUGAGAAUAUUUCCUGUUGUAUAGGAUCCAAUACUAUGAUAACUACACAGGCCAAUACCUUUACCCCAUACCCUCUAACUCUGACUCUACCUCUGUUGUAUACCCAUGCUGCCAUACCCCUGCUAUUAUGAGUUGUAUACAGAUAUUUUUGUAUAGCUCAAAGCGAAUUGGGCCGGUAUAUCAAGGAUAAUUAUGGUGACUCUAGAAGAACCACAUAAAGUGACUUGUGUAAGCGACUGUCUGAGGAUGGUUCACUCUUUGUUUAUAACAUUCACUAUUGCAUAUAUUCAUGUAAAUAAAAUAAAAAAAUUAUAAUAAAUUUGACUGCUGGUCGCUCCUUCACUGAGUAA